AAACGUAAUUUGACAUUUAUGUAACGUCAACUUGACAGAUAGUAAAAUAAAUAAACAUGGCGGGGCUAGUACGAGCAGGAUUUUCUUUUGCUAGAAAUGCAAUUUUCUCAACAUCAGUACGUUCCAUAGCAACGACAAAUCCAUUAAAUUUGAAAGAGAUUCGUGAACGUACGGAAGGUUCUUCAAUAGUCAUAGAAGCUGUUAAUGUACCGUCUCCUCGUACUGAGCUCUUAGUUCGGGCAGAGAACCUUCCAAAUCAUGAGCCAGCGGUGAGCCCAUCAGAAAAGCCUCCUUGCUACAUGUGUGCUUUAGGAUUAGACGUUAAGCACACAGAUGUUCUGAUUCUGAGUCAGUUUGUGAGGUCUGAUGGCUGCAUGUUGCCUCGGAGAAUCACUGGCUUGUGCCGAAGACAACAGAAGAAAAUGGGCAAGUUAGUGACUAUGGCACAGAAAGCCGGUCUUAUGAUUAACUUGACUCCCGGGAAUUGCAAAAAGGAUCCAAAGAAGCGAAGGGAGCAUAAAAAGUUCAACACCUACUUUGAUGAGAGAACCAUAUUUAUGAAAAAGAUCCCCAAACCAGUGGACAGAUUCAAGCGUUAAUUAUACAUUUAUUUGUAAAUCAUUGUAAAAUACUAAUUAAAAUAUGUAGAUGUUA